GUUUCGCAGGUUAUCUCUUUGCUCUCGUGAAAAAAUUAAGACAUCGCUGCGAAAUAUUACAGAUUUUAUUGUGUGUCUCAAUUUUCUGACAAAUUUUCUCGAUUUUGCGUUUCAUCUAGUUUUCAUUUGUGUAGCUUGGUCAGCCGCUAUCCUCCUUACUAAUUUGAUACUAUACACACACGCGACUGUGAUUAGUUAACAGAAAAUACUUUGAGGGUCACUGUUUGAAUGUUCUGCAAACAGCUGAUUUCUCCAAUCAUUGAUCUCUGCUAUAAACACAUGUUUGUGCCGUUAAACACAUUUGUAUCAUUAAAAAUUAUGUGAUUUAUUCAAUUCACAAAUAUAAAAUAGUUUUUAUGAGUAUAGUUCAAUAAGAGAAAUCAACAAGUAAUAUUUAGAUGAAAUAAUUUAAGCUAAGUGAUUAAUUAAUUCUUUUAUAAAUCACAUUGAAUUUUUUAACUGAAAAAUAAAAUGGCUGACCGCGAUAGUGCAUCCGAAAGUGAUUCAAGUUCGAUAGAUGGAGGACCAAUUAUGAUGCCUCCUUCACCAAUAACUCGAGAGCAAUUGCAGAAACGAAUUGAAUCUCUUCAACAACAUAAUCGAGUACUAAAAGUUGAACUUGAAACUUACAAGCUUCGAGUGAAAGCCCUUCAAGAAGAAAACCGAGGACUUCGGCAAGCCUCAGUAAUUAUUCAAGCUAAAGCUGAACAAGAAGAGGAAUUCAUCAGUAAUACUUUAUUAAAAAAAAUCCAAGCUUUAAAAAAAGAAAAAGAAACAUUAGCUCAUCAUUAUGAGCAGGAAGAAGAAUGCCUCACUAAUGAUUUGUCAAAAAAAUUAAAUCAAUUAAGGCAAGAAAAGUGUAAACUAGAGCAAACUUUAGAACAAGAGCAAGAAUGCUUAGUAAAUAAAUUGAUGAGAAAAAUUGAAAAAUUGGAAGCUGAAACUUUAGCAAAACAGAGCAAUUUAGAGCAACUACGAAGAGAAAAAGUUGAAUUGGAAAAUACUUUAGAACAAGAACAAGAAGCACUUGUGAAUAAGCUAUGGAAAAGGAUGGACAAAUUGGAAGCGGAAAAAAGAAUGCUUCAAAUAAAGUUAGAUCAACCGGUUUCGGAUCCUACGUCUCCUAGAGAAAUAAGUAAUGGUGAUGCAGCAACAAAUCUCAGUACACAUAUACAAACAUUGAGAAGUGAAGUCGCAAGAUUGAGACAUACUCUGUUAAUGUCACAACAAGAACAUACUGAAAAAAUGCAGCGCUACGUUAACGAAGAAAAACAUAUUAAAGAAGAAAAUUUAAGGCUGCAGCGCAAAUUACAACUAGAAGUUGAACGCCGUGAAGCUCUCUGUAGACAUUUAUCAGAAUCUGAAUCUAGUUUAGAAAUGGAAGAAGAACGUCAUUAUAACGAGAUUGUUAUGUCAGGAAGUAAUAUUAGAAAUCGAACAGUAUCAAGUCCUGUACCACACAAUCCAUCACCCAGUUCAUCUAGACCGCUUAGUCCUGGAAUUAAUAUAGUGGGCUCUACUACUGCUCGUGAUAGUUUUACAUCAAAUCGCUGUUUUGCUUGUGGACAGCCAGUAAUAGCUCUUCCAUUUUCUAGUUCUCCACCUUCAAGUACUGCUCUUAUGGCCUCUACUUCAAACAGACGCACUUCUGAUAGAUUUGUCAAACCUGCGAUUCCACCAACUGUAAUAAGUCCAGGAGGGCCGCAAUCAUUGUCACCUAUUACUAAUACAUCUGCUGGCUGCCCAAUGGAUAUAACUAAAACAUAAACUAUUGAUACUAAUUUUCAAAAAAUGUUGCUUUCCAAUAGUUGAAAAUUCACUGUUACAAACUAUAAUUGUUAUCAAAUAACUGAAAUAUUAAGGUCUACGUUCAAUAAAUCAUCGAUUUCUUAUUUGUUAAA